AAGAUCGUGAUGGAAUCAUCUAAGGGAGUACUGCGAGAUCCGUGUGCAGCGGGCUGGCUAAGAACCUCUCGAAACGUGCAACAGCGUCCCUUGGAAGAGGUCGAUGACAGCCCGCAAACGAAGCUUCUCAGAACGGAACAGUGAGACGUAUUCUGCCAACUUAUACUGUCGAACACUGUCCUGGCAUUACGUUCAUCUACGAAAGGGCUCACCUACCAACCAAACGGCACUAACGUUUUCGAGUCGAAUCCUUAGUCCUGGAGCCUUGCAGCCACGCAAGCACACCCACGGACAUAGUUCAUCCUUCAAUUUCCAUAACCGCCGCGUUAAACAUGAGCAGGUACAACAUGAGUGACAUUAGAAGCAAGGGUAACGGUGCAAACGUUGACUUCGAGCGGGUGCGAGUACCACGUCAAUAGCAGCCAUUGAAUUUGCCACAAAGGUCCAGCGAUCGGCACUCCUUGUACUUCCUGGCGAACUACGCAACAAGAUC